AUGGUGAAGAAGAGCAAGUUGUUCGCAGCGCUGGACGCCCAUAAAGGCAAAGAUUAUGAGAAAGAGCGCCAGAAGAAGUUAGCAAAGGCUGCGGAGAAGAAGAAGAAGGCUCAGAAGGGAGAAUCAAAGGAAGAUGAGGAGAAAAAUGUGAACGGUACCGAGGAAGUCGAGGUCAAUGACGAAGAAGAAGAUAAGGAAAUGGGCGGCGUGAAACUCGCAGAAGAGGAUGAAGAAAAGGAAGAAAGUGAAGAGGAAGAAAUCGAAGGCGAAGAAGAGGAAGAAGAUAUACCACUCUCAGAUCUCUCCGAAGACGAACGAGCAGAUGUCAUCCCCCACCAACGUCUCACCAUCAACAAUUCCGCCGCUAUCAACGCCUCUAUCAAGCGCAUAUCAUUCAUUACCUCCCAGACCCCAUUCUCAGAACACAAUUCCCUGGUGUCUACAGAAGAUGUGGACGUCCCCGACCCCAACGAUGAUCUCACUCGUGAACUAGCAUUCUACAAAGUCUGCCAAGCUGCCGCUAUCGAAGCCCGUCGUACCCUGAAAAAGGAAGGCGUGUCAUUCACCAGACCGACGGAUUAUUUCGCGGAAAUGGUCAAGACGGAUGAGCACAUGACCAAGAUUAAGAAGAAGUUGUUUGAUGAAGCUGCCUCUAAGAAGGCGGCGGCGGAUGCGCGACGACAGCGUGACCUCAAGAAAUUCGGAAAGCAGGUGCAGGUUGCCAAGUUGCAGCAACGUCAGAAGGAGAAGAAGGAGACAUUGGAGAAGAUUAAUAGUUUGAAGCGGAAACGUAAGACCGAAUCAACCGGUCCUACCGAUAACGACAAUGAUCUCUUCGACGUCGCUAUCGACGACGACAACAAGAAACCAUCCUUCGGCGGAAGACGCGGCGGCAAAGACGCCGGAGCAGGCGGCGUAAACUCCAAACGACAAAAGAAGAACGAGAAAUACGGCUUCGGCGGCAAGAAGAGAUUCGCAAAGUCUGGCGAUGCCAUGUCUUCGGCUGAUUUACGUGGAUUUUCUGCCAAGAAGAUGAAAACCGGUAGUGGUGGUGCGAAGAAGAGGCCUGGGAAGAGUAGGAGAAAUGCUAUGAAAUGA